AAAUACUAAUUCUAAGAGGUUUCCUCGCACACGCAGAGUUUACUCAAAGCAUUCCUUUUGCCAUCUGUAGCUGACAGAAGCCACCGGCGGGUUCCCAAGUCCGAACCAAAAUCCUAAGUAAUCUGCAAAAAUGAGGAUCUACAAGGAUAUUUUCACCGGGGAUGAAAUGUUUUCUGACACCUACAAGAUGAAGCUCAUCGACGAGGUCAUGUACGAGGUGACCGGCAAACUCGUGACGAGAAAGCAUGGCGACCUUCAAUUGGAUGGUGCAAACCCUUCGGCCGAGGAAGCCGACGAAGGUACCGAAGAGGGCGUCGAGUCGGGAGUUGAUGUCGUCCUUAACCACAGACUGAACGAGACCUUUGCCUUCCCAGACAAGAAGAGCUACACCCUUUACCUGAAGGAGUACAUGAAAAAACUUGUGGAAAAACUGCAGGAGACCAAGCCCGAGGAAGUGGACAUUUUCAAGAACAACAUGAACAAGGUCAUGAAGGACGUGCUCACCAGGUUUAAGGACCUGCAGUUCUUUGUGGGAGAGUCGCAGGAAAUCGAAGGAAUGGUGGCUCUGAUGGAGUACCGCGACCAGGACGAUGGAACCCAGGUUCCUAUUCUCAUGUUUUUCAAACAUGGCCUUGAUGAGGAGAAAUUCUGAGAAACUCGACUCAAGCUUGUAUUUAAGAUCGGUCCUGAAAGACCAAACUGAAGACUCCUUUGUUUUCUUAUCUGGAAGCAUUGCCACUCCGACGACAUACAUAAUAAAGAACGAAGCGACAUUUGAAGAAAAUGCUCGUUAUUAUUUUGUUCUAAUAAUUCGCUUGGUUUUUAAUUUCUUAAGGUGAUUUAAAUAAUAAACUAAGUUCAAAUUUA